UGCUCAGGCUGUGAUCAGAGAGUCCCUCCUGAUCCUAGGUGACUGGAGGAAGAAUUGUGAGGUGUUCCCAAAGAAGUCUGGGGAGCUGUGAGGCAGACAUGGGGCUGCUGACUGGGUAUGGACUGUGGUCUGUGGCCAUAUUCAUGGCCAUCUUCCUGCUGUUGGUGGACCUGAUGCACAGGCGCCAGUGUUGGACUGCCCGCUACCCCCCAGGCCCUUGGUCACUACCUCUGCUGGGCAACAUAUUGCAAGUGAACUUCAACAACAUGCCCUAUAGCUUGUACAAGCUUCGACAACGCUACGGAGAUGUGUUCAGCCUCAGUUUUGGCUGGAAUCCAGUGGUCGUGAUCAAUGGACCAAAGGCUGUGCGGGAGGCACUAGUAACCUGCGGAGAGGACACUGCAGACCAACCAUCAGUACCCACUAUUGAAUACCAGGGCUUUGGUCCCAAAUCUAAAGGUGUGAUCCUCGCACCUUACGGGCCUGAGUGGAGAGAGCAGCGGAGAUUCUCUGUGUCCACCAUGCGCAACUUCGGCCUGGGCAAGAAAUCACUGGAGGAGUGGGUGACCGAGGAGGCCGGCUGCCUCUGUGCCGCCUUCACCAAUCAGGCCGGGCAUCCCUUCAAACCCAACACCCUCCUGAACAAAGCCACGUGCAAUGUGAUUGCAUCCCUCGUUUAUGCCCGUCGCUUUGACUAUGAUGACCCUUUCCUCAAUAAGAUGCUGAAAACAUUAGAAGAAAGUAUGGGACAGAACACUGGCCUCAUUCCUGAGAUGCUGAACGCAUUCCCGAUGUUCCUGCGCAUCCCAGGCCUGGCUGACAAGGUCUUCCCAGGACAGAAAGCAUUUAUGGCCAUGCUGGAUGAGCUGUUGACUGAGCACAAGAUGACCUGGGACCCUGCCCAGCCACUGCGAGACCUGACUGAUGCCUACAUGGCUGAGAUGGAAAAGGCCAAGGAGAACCCGGAGAGCAGCUUCAAUGAUCCAAAUCUGCGCCUGGUUGUCUCAGACCUGUUCAGUGCGGGGCUGGUGACUACCUCCACCACCCUGUCCUGGGCACUACUUCUCAUGAUUCUGCAUCCGGAUGUGCAACGCCAAGUCCAACAGGAGAUCGAUGAAGUCAUUGGGCAGGCACGGCAUCCAGAGAUGGCAGACCAGUCCCGAAUGCCCUUCACCAAUGCUGUGGUUCACGAGGUGCAGCGAUUUGCAGACAUUGUCCCAAUGAAUGUGCCACACAAGAUAUCCCAUGACGUUGAAGUACAGGGCUUCCUCCUCCCCAAGGGCAUGACACUCAUUGCCAACCUGACUUCAGUGCUGAAGGAUGAGAACACCUGGGAGAAACCCCUCCAAUUCCAUCCAAAACACUUCCUGGACGCCCAGGGCCGCUUUGUGAAGCCUGAGGCCUUCAUGCCGUUCUCAGCAGGCCGCCGCGCAUGCCUCGGGGAGCCGCUGGCCCGCAUGGAGCUCUUCCUCUUCUUCACCUGCCUCCUGCAGAGAUUUACCUUCUCGGUGCCCCCUGGACAGCCCCGGCCCAGUGACCGGGGAGUCUUUAUGUUUCUGCUUGUCCCGUCCCCUUACCAGCUCUGUGCCGUGGCACGCUAGCAGAGACACCAUUUUCUGCUCAGGCUGAUUGAUGUACAAUAAACCAACCCUGCCACUGCCA